AGAAAUCAGCUGAGCUCGUGCGUCGCUGCAGUGAGUGCGCGGGCGCGAGCGGCUCGGGAUCGGAGCAGCUCGGCGCCGCUCGGACAUCGGUUUAACCCCCUGGUCGCCUGGAGACGGGGCUUUCUUCACGGCUGCAAGAAUGUGACGCUGGGGGGAUAUCCGUUCUUUUUUUUAUUAAGAUCACCGAGCAGACGAUUGAAUCAGAUUUUUUAUUUUAUUAUUAUCGGUGUUUCGUUCAUCACUGGUCCUCAGUGUGAAUACACCUGGACUGGUGUCGGCGCAACCGUCCGGGUCGAGGAGGCGAUUCCAAUUUGCAGUUUUUUUUUUUCUUUAAACCAGGAGUGGACAAUAAUAUGUCCAGGCGGAAACAGACCAACCCCUUCAGAGUUGACUGGCCAUUCCACACUUCGGGCAUCACAGGACUUCAGCACACUAUUAACAUGGACGGCAGGGACGAGUUCACCGAGGACAGUGAAUGCUGCAGCAACAACUCCCGGGAAGUCCAAGGGCAGGAUAGCAUCACAGACAGCGAUAGUGACCUCGACAACCACGGUGAAGACUCGUCCUCCAACACCUCCGCUGACGACCACAUGACCACCAAGAGAACUCAGUGCCGCCUAGAAGGGGCGGGAGUCAAAGAGUGCCUGUUUUUUCUCCAGGAGAGCGAGGAAGGGGCAGACCACCUCAUGAACUUUGUUUGCCCUCUCUGCACGCUGGAUUUCAGCAGCCCUGAGAAGCUCAUCUCCCAUGUCUACCAGCACACAACUAUGAUGAGCAACAGCAAGAGCUAUGUGUGCCCAGUGUGUGGGCGAGCCCUGAGUUCGCCUGGCUCACUUGGACGCCAUCUUCUCAUCCAUUCCGAGGACCGCCUCUCCAACUGCGCCGUCUGUGGCGCACGCUUCACAGACACCAACAACUUUAACAGAGAGAAGCUGAAAGACGUCUUCGACAUCACGCAGCUGGACGUCAGUGGUGGAAGAGACCCCUGCUCCAUGUCCCAGUCCCUCUCCAGCAGCCCCAUGAACAGCCCCGGCUCCGCCACUCGCUCCUGCCAUGGACCGGGCCCCAGCCCCAGCUCUUGUCAGGGCCCGCGCUCAUGUCAAGCACCCGACCACGGCCCCAACUUGUGUCAAGCCCACCGCCACAUCUCGAGCCAGUGUCAAGGCCCCAGAUCGUGUCACGGCCCAGACCCGGGAUCUGGACCGUGCUCGGGCCCGUGCACAGGCUCUGACCCAGGACCCUCCUUUCCCUCACUGCCCGACAGCCUCCUCUCCGAAGGGCCGUCACUCGCAUCUAUCCCUGAUGCUCUCAACUCCUCUUCCUCGGCUCUUCCUCCCAUCCCCGACAUCCUGAGCCCUAUGCCGGUGUAUCCCGCCGGGGUGCUGCUGGUGUGCAACAGCUGCGUGGCCUAUCAGCAGUUAGUGGAGGCCCAGUCGCCGAUGCGUAAGUGGGCGCUGCGUAGGAAGAAUGAACCCGUCGAGGCUCGCAUGCACCGUCUGGAGCGCGAGCGCACGGCGAAGAAGAACAAGCGGGCGUGCGAGUCGGAGGAGGAGAAGGAGAUCAGGAGGCUGCGGGACCGCGAGGCCAAGCGCAUGCAGAGGAUGCAGGAAUCGGAGGAUCAGAGGGCGCGCCGGCUGCAGAGAGACCGGGAGGCCAUGCGCCUGAAGAGGGCCAACGAGACGCCCGAGAAGAGGCAGGCGCGGCUGAUCCGCGAGAGGGAGGCGAAGAGGAUCAAGCGGCGGCUGGAGAAGAUCGACCCCGCGCUGAGGACACAGAUAGAGCACGACCCUGCCGCGAUGGCUGCCCUCACGGCAGACAUGAGUCUCUUUCAGUUCCCCUGUCCCAUGCCUGUCCCCUCCAUGGAUAACGGUCUGUUCAUGAAGCUGCCCUGAUCGGACCGGGACGCCAGCCGGAGGGUUUAAGGACAAACUGGCCUCUGAACAGCACCAUUAGCCUCCACACUCCACCACCAGGCUGUCACGGUCACUGCAGACCAUUCCUGUACUCCCGGUAUCUUGUGUGUGGAGCAGCCUCACACACACACACACACACACACACACACACACACACACACACACUGCUUUGCUAAACACAGCAACAACAACAACAAAAAACUACCAACAUCAGUUUCUAAUUUAUUACAGUCAAGACAACCUUGGGAACAGGGUUGAGAAUGUUUCAUAUUGUGUGGAUGAUGAUGACAUUUCAGCAUGUUGUAAAGAGAUUUAUCUUUUUUUUCUUUUUUUUUCCUGUGGACUAGCAGAUUUAACAAAGUUCUAUUAGGAGCAGUUACAGUAUACUUCCUUUUGAGGGGGGAAAAAAAGUCUUUUGCACAUGGACCUUCAGUAAAGGGAGUGGGGACUCGGUAGCCACAGCCCCCUCCUCCCUAGUCGACUCCGCCGGCCCAGUGACUCGGGUUUUACUGGUAGCUACACCUCUCUGUUCUAAGCUGCCGCCGCGGGUCCCUGGGAAGUUCACAUUCAGUCAAACUACUACCUCAGCCGGCGCCGUCGCUCGCGCCCUUCUGUCCUGUGGCUCACUCCCGUUCCGACACCAAGCUUCCAAAGCUUCUAUAUGUUCAGUGCUCGACGACAAGAGGAUGCAGGUUGUUUUCCACAGUUUGCGUUCAUCACUCAGGCACUUUGAUAGGACACAAACAUUCGCAGGAGGAGCGAGUGAUUUACAGACACACCAGUACCACGUGUAUUUCCCAGGGUUGAUUAUAAUAAUGUUUCUGAACAUUAACGCUGAAUGUUUUGUCCUAUUGAACUCGCCCAGUGUCAAGCUACAAUCCCCACAUCAUCUCUUAAGUUGUUCAUCUUAACGCAAUCGCCUCUUAACAUUCUCUUUGCCAAUAUUUUAAUCUGUUUUGUUUUUUUCUUCACGCUGUUACGCUCUGAAUAUUUCGCCAAUGUCGUCCGUUUUUCUACUUUCUGUUCCAGAGCAUUUAUUGGGCUCUCAGAAACUGCUGCUGUUAUUGUACUGUACAUUACAUUAGUUACCUCUUAUAUGUGUUUCUGGCUCAUCGGUCACAGUAAGGAAUAUUUUGGUCAAAUGUUCAGUUAAAGUGGUCACAACGCUGACUGCAGAACUUCAAGCCUGCCCACAUAGAUGUAUUUGUUUAUACAUAAAUAAUCCAUAAACCUGCCCUAGGUUGAUAUUAUUCUAUAGAAAGUCGAACACAGAUAACACAACCGAAUGCAACUCGUGUAGCAUUCACCUGCUGUGUGAGGCUGCAGUACCUUCAUAACGUGUUAACAGUACCACUUAAGUUAUUUAGAUGUUUUCUAUUUCUGUUGUCGGCAGAAAUACUUUUUUUUUUAAUCAUGACCGCUGGAUAUUAACCCCCCCCCCCCUGCUACAGAGCACUGAGGCUAAUUUAAUGACACUUACAGUCCACACCGGGAGCAAGAUUUUAUUAAUCUAUAUUCUUUAACCUCAUUCCAGCACAUAUUUAUGCAAUAUGAUGUGAAUAUAUUUUUCUUGUGAAAAGAUUUGGGUUACUAUGUUUUCCAUCAGUGGUUUUAAAAAAAAAAAUUUAGAGGCAAUGUUUGGACCAUCACAUGGUUUAAUUUCCUGCCUGUAAAAGUUACCUUCAGUUUUUCCUUUUCUCCAGUGUCAUGUAAGAAGUUUCUGAAAUAUUCUUCUGAGAUGAUCAUAGACAGGGACGAGUUGUGGUCCAGUCUGAGUCACUCCUAGACGAGAGUCGAUUUGCUCGGGCUGCUCGUUACAGACAAAACGUACCAGAGAAAAAAAUAUUGGGUUUUUGUUGUUUUUUUUCAUCCUCAAGAGGCUUUUCUAGGAGUUCAUCAAACCUCUAUGCAACAGAUGUGUUAAUUAUUCUGAGGGGAACUUAAUUCACUUGCCACUGAAUCUAUGCAGAAUGCGACUUUCAUUUUAAACGGACUUCAAUGUUAAAGAGUUUAGCUUCUCAGGCAACUUAACUCAGUGAGAGGGCUCCGAGCCGACAUACAACAAGAAUCAUAUAUAGUUCUAUCGUCUGAUGUGAGACAGUUUGUCUACUGAAAUAUGUUUCCUCUCUCUCUCACGUGAAAGCAACAGGGUCUCACUGCCAUCUUACUCAUGACAUAACCGCACCAAGGGUAGUAGAUAAAUCAGUGCUCUCGACUUCAGGUGUCACUUCUCUCUUCUCUCAGACCGAAUUCUGGGUAUUCUCAGAGGUUGCUCUUUAGGAUUGCUGUGAUCCCCUUUGUCCUGCAGCAGAAUAGUGGGACAGGAAACUUGAGCCGUCAGUGGGUGGUUCUGACAUGUAUGUGAUGUUGGUGUUCACCAGCAGUACGCAGCUCAGUAUGGAUUAGAUAAGCACUGCAUGUCGUGAAACUGCACUCGUCCUAGAAUGGUUCAAUGUGAGCUUGUGUUCUACUGUUCGUUUUAUGCCUGCCUGUUUUUUACAGUUUAAUCAAAAAAGACAUGUUGUUAAUGACGUUGGCCUUUCUAUAUAUUAAUUCUAUCAGGAUUUUCUCUCAAUGUCCAUGUUUACAAAUAAAAAAAUCACUCUGAACGAGGCCAAAUGAAUGAGCUAAACUGCUGGUGAGAACAUUCACGCUUAGCUGUGAUAUCAAUGCAUUCUGACUGGCCGGCCCCUGUGGGGGACGCCGUCCUCUGUUACCGGGUAAACGGAUGUACAGACCACGAGGAAACAUGGUAAAGAAUGUGGAAAUAAAACAUUGACUUUACUACAA